GGGUGUCGAUACUCACCAUAGUGAUUAGAGAAAGAACUACUCCUUUGCGACGUUCGCACCCAAUAUAAGUCUGAGCUCCAAAAUCAUCUGCUUGUCACGUUGGAGCCAAGUGCGUAGCUCAGCGCUGCUGCUUUUCUUUUCCCUCCCUUUCAAGACCGACGAAACCAUUCGCGUCUAAUGAAUUCACAACGACAGAAUUCUUGGGCACCUUUAAAGAAAAACUUGGGUAAACGCCCAACAAGUACUCGACCACUCCCCCUUUCACAAGGAUCGUAUGGCCCUUCGUCAUCAUCUGCAGCCAAUGAAAGCAACUUUCAAAACCCACAAGACGAGAUCAUGCGGAAACACUCGGAAGAAUAUAACACGCGGCAGGCCAUGAAAGCAGCCAUGCUCCAUGCAAACACCACAUCCUACGGAUUUUAUAUUCCUAAGACGUCAAAAUACGACAAUCUUAUUAUUCCUGCUAUCCCAAGAUUACAACAGCAGCAUCAACAAUAAUGACGACAGCAAUAGCAACUACACCUGCCAGAGAGC